AUGUCUACGAAGGCUUGGAGAUUGACUAUAAGCACAAGCGACGACCGAAUCUUCGUCUACUUCUCCGAUCACGGAAGUACAGGUCUCAUUGCCUUCCCCGUUGGUAGGUUGACAGCAAAGCGACUCAACGAAGCUCUGCUGACCAUGCAUAAACAACAUCGAUUCAAACAGCUGGUAUUCUAUUUGGAGGCAUGUGAAAGUGGUUCUAUGUUUAAAGACAUCCUGAGGAAAAACAUCAACGAGACACUCGACGAGCAGUACCAGUUCGUAAGGGAUGUAACAGAGGGAUCUCAUGUGAUGAACUACGGUAAUCUGAGCAUAGCUAACGAACCAGUGGGAUGGUUCCUAGGCACCAAGAAUCCUUACAUGAAAAGCGAGAGCAGCAAGCCUAAACACAAGAAAGUGUUAUGGCCGUCGAGAGAUGUUGAACUCAUGCACCUGGAAAAGAUCAAGCUGCUUCACCCACAGUCAGCCGCUGUCGAUCUUGAAAUCAGUCGAAUUAAAAAGAAUCGAAACGAUAUUGAAGCGCUUUUCAAAAACCUCAUCGAUUUCCUGGUCACUGAAGGGAGCGAAAGACGUCUUCUGCUUGAAAAGAGGAGCAGUGUUGAGAACCUCGAUUGCCAUGAUGAGGUCGUGGAAGCUUUCGACUCCAUUUGCAUUGACAUAGACAAGCAUGACUACGCGCUCAAGUACAUGAAUGUGUUGAACAACUUGUGCACCAAGUUCAACGAUCCGGCGAAAAUUAUCAAUGCAAUGAGGACGAUUUGCUUAAAAACACAUUCUCAAUUAAUCUGA